CACAUCCUUGAUACGGAGGCGGGUUGGUUCGGGCGAUGGUUUGGACCGAAAAGGGCGGAGCAUCCUCGCCUGCCUUAACGGGAGGAAGCUUGUGGACGCGAACAUUCGCGUCAGUCUUCGUCAACUUGUGUCCGUUACAAUUUCCCCAAUGGCAACAGAAGAUAGACGGGAACCGGUGCCAAAUGCUUUAUCAGAGGUCGGUAUGCUGAAGACGACGCACCACGGCCACAACAACAAUAACAACAACAACAACAAUAACAACAACAAAGACAGCGAGGGAACUGAUAGCACGACAACAACGGCUACCGCUACGGCGACCGCCACUGAAUCCAGCGGGAUAGCAACGCAGAGCAUCGGGAACGGCUCUGGGAUCAACCCCACUGGGGGGAACAGCGGGAAAUGGGUCCGCUUGAACGUCGGCGGCACGGUGUUCCUCACAACGCGGCAUACCCUUCUCAAAGAACAAACUUCCUUUCUUUACAGGCUCUGUCAACAGCAGGACUUGCACUCAGACACGGACGAGACGGGGGCGUACGUCAUCGACAGAGACCCCACCUACUUCGGCCCCAUCCUCAACUACCUGCGGCACGGAAAACUGGUCUACAACAAGGAGCUGGCGGAGGAAGGGGUGCUUGAGGAGGCUGAGUUCUACAACAUCACCCCUCUGAUCAAGCUGAUCAAGGAGAGGAUCCUGGAGAGGGACUCAAAGGCCACACAGCAGGUGCCCCCUAAGCACGUGUACCGGGUGCUGCAAUGCCAGGAGGAGGAGCUCACCCAGAUGGUGUCCACCAUGUCCGACGGCUGGAAGUUUGAGCAGGUCAGCGUGCGCACCUGCAGAAAGCCCCGCACCGGACUGCUCUGGACUAUGGUGAACAUCGGCUCGUCAUACAGCUAUGGCACGGAGGACCAGGCCGAGUUCCUGUGUGUGGUCUCCAAGGAGCUGCACACAGCGGGGUCCGGUGUGGCCACCGAGCAGAGCCACAAGACCAAGGUUCCGGAUCUGCAGCAGGAGGUUGCAGCCCGGGCUGAGGAGGAGGAGGAGGUGGAGGAGGAGGAGGCUGAGGAUGAGGAUGAGGAGGAGGUGGAGGUGGAGGGGGGUGGUGGUGGUGCUGGUGAUGGUGCUGGUCAAGCCCAAGAGGCAGGCAGAGGGACCACACCCAAUGAGGUGUGGCUUAGAGAGUGACACUCUCGGGCUGCCAUGUUGCCACACAGACAGAAACUGAUGGGUGAGGAUCCAUAGCUAGCGUUUACUAAAGAGCUAGCCUAUGCUAAUGAGCUAGCAUGUGCUAACGAGCUAGCCUGUGCUACCUUAUGUCCUAGCGAGCUAGAGCUAGUAGUUGUCUUACCUUUUGUGUGUGCGUGUGGGUGUUUAUGUGUCUGUUAUAUGUGUGUAUAUAUAUCUUUGUUUUUAAUCUUUUUAUUUGUUUUUAAUUUAUGGAUAUACUGAUAUAGAGAGAUGGAGAAAUAGAUAGAAAACAAAGUCAUGUAGUGUUUAUAAUUCCAUUUAUAUUUAAAUAUUGUGGAAGUUAAGGGUAUUGCCCGUCAUCACACUGAGGCAAGGGCUAAGCUAGCAUUUUCAUUUGGAAGCUGCAUGAAAGAGGGCAGGCUUGGUUUUAGCAAUGUGCCCAGUUCAUCAAUAUGACCUGUAGGCGUGUGUGUGUGUGUGUGUGUGUGUGUGUGUGUGUGUCCACUUUGUCCCCUCUAUGGAUUUCCAUCACCAGUGCUGUAUUAUCGAAUAACUCAACCUUUAUGAGCGAGUGGUGUUAGAAUUUGUCCUUUUGAUCACCACACACACGCACACUUAUGUUGGCCCCGUUUCUACCCAGAGAUAUGUAUGUAUGUUGUGAAGGCUUAGAGAGCGGAAACAAGCUUUUGAUUAUUUUUAUUUUUUAUAUAAAAUAACUUUUAUUCCAUGUUACUGUCGAUGGACACAUCCUGUCCCUGUGUUCCGACAUGGCCAUGGACAUCUAUAAUACUCUGUUUGGACAUCCUGUCACCAUUACCAUUGCUAUCAUCAACAUCCCAGGCUAAACAUAUAGUUUGAAAUGUAGAAGCAAAAGGCUGUGCUUUGCUCCCUGCUUUGUAUUCAUAACGACUAACUUUCUUCUGGGGUUUUCU